AUGUUAGUAUCAUACAUUUUUUUUUAUCCUGCUGCAUAUUUAAGUCUUAAUAAUGCUGACAAAUAUCAGUGUGAAAAAUAUAUAAAAAUUUUAAUAUUAAAUGAUGUUUAUUCACAAAAAAAUUCUUUAAUUGAUAUUACACAAGCUGCAACAACAACUGUAGCAUUCCAAUUACAAUCAUUACUAUCACAAAACAAAUCAUUUAAAGUAUCAACAUACGAUGAUUUUAUAUCUGCAUGUGGUGAUCAAGAUUAUGCUGUAGAAAAUAUAAAAGAAAAUAGGGAACGAAUUUGUUUGAAUGAAGGACUAAAAUUUUUUAAAGCAGCAGUACAAGAAUUUAAUUCGAAAUCCAAACCAUCAACAACUUGA